AUGGAUUACAAUCUUCAUAUCGUGACUAGUUACUCGAUCGGGGAGAAGAGUGUGCGCGUAAACGCCACUUUAGGCAGAAACUAUGACAAUUCUCUAUGCUCUGAAGGAAGCUCAACCCUCAAGUUACAAUCAGUCCCAAAUUUUAUAUACAGAAUCUUUUCUUACACUUUGUUAUGUUGUGUAGGAUCCUUGAAUAGUCCGAAUAUUGAAGAACCACUUUUGGAUCAUGGUAAUCUUAACCCCAAAAUCAGAGGCUGUGAUACUGUAACUCCUUACGAAGAUGCCGGUAUUUUCCGUACAGUCUUUUUCUCUUGGAUUACUCCUUUACUCACAUUAGCAGCUGAGAAAAAGACCUUAGAACUUGAUGAUAUCCCUCAAUUAGGCCCUUCUAAUAGUGUUUUUGGAGCAUUCCCAUUGUUCCAAACUAACCUUCUUGAUAAUCGUGAUAAUGUUGGUGAUAUUAAUAGUAAUAGUAGUAAUAGAGUUGUUAAUAUUACUGAGUUUGGGCUUGCAAAGGCAUACUUCUUGUCAACUUGGAAGGAAAUUCUUUGGACAGCUAUCCUAGCCUUAAUUUACACAGUAGCUCGUUAUGUAGCUCCAUAUCUUAUUGACAGCUUUGUUCAAUGCCUUACUGGGAUAGAGGAAUUCAAAAACCAAGGCUAUGUUCUUGCUCUGACAUUUUGUGCAGCGACUUUUCUUGAGUUUUUUAUACGCAGACAUUGGAUAUUUAAGAUGCAACAGAUUGGAAUUAGGCUUCGAGGAGUGACAACUGUAAUGCUCUAUAACAAGAGUUUGACUCUUCCUUCUUGGUUGCAAGGCGACCAAGGUAGUAGUAGUAGUGGUGGUGGUGGUGGCAAAGGUGGAGAACUUAUUAAUGCUUUGGCUGUUGAUGUUGAAACAAUCCAAGGUUUCAUUGUGUAUUUGCAUGAUACUUGGUUAAUCUUUCUCCAAAUCGGUUUAGCUUUACUAAUUUUAUACAAGAAGUUAGGACUUAUUGCCUCUGUUGGUGCAUUUGUUGUGACAUUGAUCUUUAUGGGAGCAAACUAUGUGUUUAUGUCAUGGCAGGAGAAGUUUCAAAAGAAACUAAUGGAAUCUAAGGAUAAUAGAAUGAAGAUGACAAUCGAGACUUUAAGGAAUAUGAGAGUUCUUAGGUUUCAAGGAUGGGAAAUGAGUUUUUUGUCUAAGAUUCUUCAGCGAAAAGUGGAGAUGCAAUGGUUGAAGAAAUAUCUAUAUAGUUUAGUAGUCAUAGGUUUUUUCUUUGGGAUAGGUCCGACUUUAGUAGCCUUGGUCACUUUUGGUUCAUGUAUAUACAUGGGUAUCCCACUUUCAAUGGGCCAAAUCUUGUCUGCACUUGCUACCUUUCGUGUUCUUCGAGAGCCAAUCUUCCUCCUCCCAGAUACAGUAUCUUUGUUAGUCCAAGCAAAGGUUUCCCUUGGUAGAAUCGCCUCUUUUCUUUCUCUCGAUGAGCUCCAAGAUGAUGGUUUACAGAAGCUUCCAUUGGGGAGUUCUGAUGCAGCAGUUGAGAUAGUUAAUGGGAACUUCACUUGGAAUGAUGUUGAUGUUUCUUCAUCUGCUACUACUACUAGUACUGCAGCAGCAUUAAAAGACAUAAACUUGAAAGUUUCUCAUGGUAUGAAGGUUGGUAUAUGUGGUACAGUUGGUUCAGGGAAAUCAAGUUUACUUUCUUGCAUUCUGGGUGAAAUGCCUAGGAUCUCAGGGGUGGUCAAGUUGUGUGGGUCAAAGGCUUAUGUUGCGCAGUCACCAUGGAUACAGAGUGGUACAGUUCAAGAGAACAUACUGUUUGGGAAAGAUAUGGACCGACAAAGAUAUGAUCAAGUACUCGAAGCAUGUUGUCUUAAGAAGGAUUUGGAGAUCCUUUCAUUUGGUGAUCAAACUGUUAUUGGUGAGAGAGGUAUCAACUUAAGUGGCGGACAGAAGCAAAGAAUACAGAUUGCUCGCGCACUCUACCAGGAUGCGGAUAUCUAUCUAUUUGAUGAUCCUUUUAGUGCUCUGGACGCUCAUACUGGUUCUCAUUUAUUCAAGGAAGUUUUGCUUGGUCUUCUGAGGGAGAAAACUGUUAUUUAUGUUACUCAUCAAGUCGAAUUCCUGAAUGCUGCUGAUCUGAUUAUGGUAAUGAAAAAUGGAAGGACUGUACAAGUUGGAAAGUAUGAUGACAUUCUCGUUCCAGACAAUACUAAGAGUAUCAUCAGUAAUAAUGAAAAUGUGAAUGGUGAAGUAGAUGAUGACAGGGGAUCUGCUGGUUUAUCAGCACCUGCAGCAGCACAGCUUGUUAAAGAAGAAGAAAGAGAGAGGGGUAGAGUCGGGUUUUCAGUCUAUCGGAAAUACAUCACUACUACCUAUGGAGGAGUUCUGGUGAUUCUUAUGAUUAUGGCCUCAAUCAUGUUACAAAUUCUACAGAUAGGGAGCAAUUACUGGUUAGCAUGGGGAACGCCGUCAUCAAAGGAUGUACAGCCUGUUGUCAGUGAAUCUACACUAAUGACAGUCUAUGCAUCCUUGGCUUUUGGCAUAUGUUUCUGCACCCUUGUUGCAGAUUCGCUUGUUGUAGCUACAGGAUAUAAAACUGCAACCAUACUUUUCAGAAAAAUGCUUGAGACCAUUUUCCGCGCUCCUAUGUCAUUCUUUGAUGCUACACCUGCUGGAAGAAUUCUCAACAGAUGCUCAACUGAUCAAACUGCCCUGGAGACUCGAAUCCCAACCCUACUUGAUGGCUUUAUUUCCCUAACAAUCAAACUUGUGGGGACUAUUGCUGUGAUGUCCACAGUUGCCUGGGAAGUUUUGGUCAUUUUCAUCCCCUUGAUUAUCGCCUCCAUCUGGUAUCAGCAAUACUAUAUGCCUGCUUCGAGAGAACUAUCAAGAUUGAGCCGAGUAUCUGAAGCUCCGGUCAUUCAGUAUUUUUCUGAAACAAUUUCUGGAAUAACAACUAUAAGGAGCUUUGAUCAACAGUCAAGAUUCCAGCCAAGUUAUAUGAAAAUAGUGGAUGCAUAUUCUCGCCCUGAGUUCCAAAUUGCUGCUGCAAUGAAAUGGCUUUUGUUACGGCUGGAUGCAUUUGCUUGUAUUACAUUUGCCUUCCUUUUGGUUCUCUCUAUGUACUUUAGGGAAACAAUAGAUCCUGCAAUUGCAGGAUUAGCUGUGACAUAUGGACUCACCUUAAACGGUACACUAUCUGGAGUAAUAUGGUGUUUAAGCCAUUUUGAAACCAAAAUGAUAUCAGUGGAGAGAAUUCUUCAAUACAUGUCCAUUCCUAGUGAAGCUCCUCUUAUCAUACAAGAAAACAGGCCAGAUAGUUCAUGGCCGUCAAGAGGAGAAAUCAGUAUCCAUAAUUUGCAGGUUCAGUAUGCUCCACAUUUACCUCUUGUGUUACAUGGUGUGACAUGUACUUUUCCGGGUGGGAAGAAAACCGGUAUUGUUGGAAGAACAGGAAGUGGGAAAUCAACUCUAAUACAAGCACUUUUCCGGGUAGUUGAACCUACAACUGGCCGUAUUGUCAUUGAUGGUAUUGAUAUCUCAUCUAUUGGACUCCAAGAUUUGAGGUCGAGGUUAAGCAUCAUCCCUCAAGAUCCAACCAUGUUUCAAGGAACUAUACGGAGUAAUUUGGAUCCACUCGAACAGUACACAGAUAAACAGAUUUGGGAGACUUUGGAUAAGUGCCAACUUGGAGAUGAAGUCAGGAAGAUGGAAAAGAAAUUGGAUUCAAAUGUUCAUGAAAAUGGAGAGAACUGGAGCGUGGGUCAAAGACAACUAAUAUGCCUAGGGAGAGUAUUACUGAAGAAAACCAAGGUGUUAGUCCUUGAUGAAGCAACUGCCUCAGUAGACAUAGUUACUGAUAAUUCAAUCCAACAGACUCUUAAACACCACUUUUCUGAAUGUACACUUGUUACAAUUGCCCAUCGCAUCACGUCUAUCCUUGACAGUGAUAUGGUCUUGCUUCUGAGUCGUGGGGUGGUUGAGGAGUAUGAUUCUCCUGCGAAGUUGCUACAGAACAAGUCAUCCUCAUUUGCACAACUGGUAGCAGAGUAUAAAACAAGAUCCUGAUAAAAUUUAGAUGUUAAAGAGGCUGAUGACUAAUGAUAGGAAUAUCAUUCUUUCCUGGUAGUACUACCAGUGGCAUUGUAUUGUAUCUAUAUUUUGACAGGAAGAGUAUUCAUAGUGUUAUUAGUAUCAGUUCAACGAAAAGUACAAAGUAAAAUGAAGUUGAAUUUUGACAUGAUAGCUGAGGUUGGAAAUACAUGGAUUUUUUUUAAAGAUUAUAUAAU